AUGGCUACAGGAAGGUCCUGGGUGGACUUCCGGCGCAAAAAUCGUACCGUAUUUACCGCCUUAAUCAUCUGCUUUCUCUUCUUUCAUCUAUGUCGGAGGUCGACAAUCAGUACCAACAUACCAAGCCAGCACCGAAGCACACUCUACUGUCCCCAGAAUCUCAUUGCGAAGGAAGUACUAGUCGUCCUUCGGACAGGCGCAACCGAGGUACUCGAAAAGUUGCCGGUCCAUCUCGAUACGACAUUACGUUGCAUACCGAAUUAUGCUAUCUAUUCCGAUUAUGAAGAAGAUAUCGAGGGGAGCCAUAUCCAUGACGUUUUCGACGAGCUUAGCCAAGAUCUCAAAGAGUCAGUGCCGGAUUUCGAACUGUACCAUCGGCUCAAGAUGAAGGGUCGAGAUGGCCUUUCCAUUGACGGCACUGAACAUGAUGGAAGUGGCCCGUCGGGCUUGCUAGACAACCCUGGAUGGAAGCUCGACAAGUUUAAAUUCUUGCCCAUGAUCGAUAAAGCUCUCCGCCACAGUCCCCAAGCGAAGUGGUUCGUCUUUGUCGAGCUGGACACGUACCUGAUGUGGGGCAAUCUGCUAGACUAUUUGUCUAAGUUCGAUGCUGAGAUACCGCAUUAUAUUGGCAAAGUGACAGAGCAUUGGAGGGCUCACAUGGUCGAGUAUAAUCAGUAUACGAUCGAGCAAUGGGCUGGAGACAUGGUCCUGGGAAAAGCCUUGAAAGACGUCCUAAUACCACUGCUGUGGGCUUUUCCUCACUUCCAAGGUGAUCCAGUGUCAACGCUCGAUCACAACAUCACGAAGAUCAACAGGCAACCGUGGUGCUAUCCCGUUAUUACCUACCACCACAUGCCCGAAGACGAAAUCCGAUCGUUGUGGGAGUUUGAACAAGAGUGGCAGCGUAUGCAUCCAAGAGACGUUCCCUUGCGGCAUGCCAAUGUAUUCAAAGGAUACAUACACCCUUACCUGAGUAAGGAGAGAACGGAAUGGGACAAUUACUCCGUAAAUCCUGAGUUUAGUAAACAUGCCUUGAAGGACGGGGAGGCGCACACCUCUUUCGAAGCUUGCAGGUCGGCAUGCGAAAGCAAUGCCAUGUGCCUGCAAUUCUCGUACCGUACUUCUAUGUGUUUGGUCUCGAGUGAAGUACGCUUGGGUCGAAGGGCGACAUUGCAGUGUUCGGAGUAUUCUACUGCCGCUUCAAAAUGUGACAAGACGGAAGAAAGGGGUUUGGGUAUGGGAGAGGGAAGCCUGGAUGCGGUCCGCUCUGGUUGGAUGGUAGACAGGUUAGCAAAGUACGUGAGUGCCAUGGAUCAAACUUGCAACGACCAUAUGGGUUGGAUCAUCUAG